UAGGCACACUACUAUAAAUCUCCCAAGAGAUCUUACUAGAUUCCAACCAAAUAUAAAAACACUAAUGGCCAGCUUACUUCAUAAUCCACUUGUUUUUCUACUGCUGCAUGUUCUUUUGAUCAUCUCAGUAGCUCCACAAAAAAUAACACCAUCACUAAGAACUGAGGCAGAAGCUCUUGUCAAAUGGAAGAGCAGUUUAUUACCAUCUGCUUCUCUCAGUUCCUGGUCCUCAAGCAGUCUCGAAAACCUUUGUAACUGGACUGGCAUUACCUGCAAUUCUGCAGGAACAGUUUCGAAGCUCAAUGUUUCUGGUCAAGACCUUAAUGGAACACUUGCUCACUUCAGUUUUGGUUCAUUUCCGAACCUCAGUUCUUUGGACAUGAGUCACAACCUGCUGUCAGACGUUAUACCGGGAGGGAUUGGAGACCUGGCAGAGCUUCAGUACUUGAGCUUUUACGACAAUUAUAUAAAUGGUACCAUUCCUUACCAAAUUAGUCAUCUUCAGAAGCUGCAACAUUUGGACUUGGGCUCAAAUUACUUGGCUAGUCCAGACUGGUCUCUGUUUUCGGACAUGCCAAUUUUGACAUACCUCAGCUUAUACUACAAUGAGCUUGCUUCCGGAUUUCCAUUUUAUGUGAUAAAUUUAAGGAACUUAAUUUUUCUUGAUUUGUCGAGGAAUGAGUUGACAGGCUUACUGCCAAGAAAUAUUUCCAAGCUUUUCAAGCUAGAAGAACUUCGCCUAGGAAGGAAUAACUUCACAGGGCCAAUUCCUUCUUCAAUAGGUCAACUUAGGCAGCUUCAAACUCUUGAUCUCAAAGAAAAUUAUUUGAAUUCUAGUAUUCCUCCUGAGCUUGGCUUGUGCACCAAGCUCACCUUCUUGGCUCUGGCUGUGAAUUCUCUUACCGGGCCUUUGCCUUUGUCGUUUUCAAAUCUUACACAAAUUUCCCAACUCGACGUUUCAGACAAUUUUCUCUCUGGUGAGCUGUCACCACAUUUCAUCAGCAACUGGUCUCAGUUAACAGAACUAUACAUGAAAAAUAAUACCUUUACGGGUAAUAUUCCUCCUGAAAUUGGUAUGUUGACAAAUCUCACAUACCUGUAUCUGUAUAGUAAUAAAUUCAGAGGAAGAAUUCCCAGAGAGAUUGGAAAUUUGAAAGAGCUUCUGGAAUUAGACUUGUCAGGAAACCAUCUAGAAGGUUCAAUUCCAGCAACAAUAGGAAAGCUCACCAAAUUGGUGCUCUUACAGUUGUUCUCCAAUAAUCUUAGUGGAACUAUUCCACCUGAGAUUGGAAACUUGACACAGCUGGAAACUCUUGAUCUCCAAAGUUGUCAAUUUAAUGGAGAGCUGCCUGAUACAAUUGCGGAAUUAAGUCACUUGAACUUAAUUCAUCUUCACAAUAACAGGUUUUCUGGUAGCCUUCCGAAGGACUUUGGAAAAAAGAAUCUCAAUCUGUCCACUGUUAAUUUUUCGUUCAACAGAUUCUCCGGAAAAUUGCCAGAAGGAUUGUGCAGUAGUUUAACCCUUUCAUGGAUUACAGUAACUGCAAACAAUUUUUCAGGGGUCCUGCCAUCAUGCCUGAGAAAGUGCUCCACAUUGAGUAGAGUCCGUCUUGAUAAAAACCAGUUCUCUGGAAAUGUUUCUGAAGCAUUUGGUUUUCAUCCAUAUCUUGUUUUCAUAUCUCUGAGCGGCAAUAAAUUUACGGGUGAACUAUCCUCCAAGUGGGGAAAGUAUGAAAGUCUUGCAAACAUGGAAAUGUCACAGAACAAAAUUUCAGGUGCCAUCCCAGCUGAGCUUGGAAACUUAAAGAAUUUGCAAAUUUUGCAGCUGGAAUCGAAUGAGUUGACAGGUCAGAUUCCGAAUGAAAUGGGAAAUUUGAUCCAGUUGUUGAAAUUCAACUUGAGCCGUAAUCAUUUGACUGGAGACAUCCCUAAGAGUUUAGGCAAACUAUCAAAGCUCAACUAUUUUGAUUUGUCUUCAAACAAAUUGAAGGGAAGCAUACCGAAAGAUCUUGGGAAUUGUGAGAGCUUAUUGAGCCUGAACUUAAGCCAGAACAGUUUUUCAGAAGUAAUACCAUCUGAACUUGGCAAUUUGGUUCAGUUGCAAAUUACUUUGGACCUGAGUAGCAAUUCACUUUCAGGCACCAUUCCUUCUAAUUUGGCAAAACUGAAGGUUUUGCAAAAUUUAAAUCUUUCACACAAUCAGCUCUCAGGUAAAAUUUCCUCCUCCCUAUCUACGGGCAUGAUUAGUUUGGACACUAUUGAUUUAUCUUAUAAUAACUUGUCUGGCCCUAUACCCUUGUUCCCACACACAGUGGAAAAAGUUUUUAAUGGAAACCCUCUUCUGUGUGGAGAUGCUAAAGGAUUGUCCCCAUGUCCGGAUUUGUCUUUCAAAUCAUCGAAGUCCAGUAAAAAAUCAAUAAUUGGUGGCAGUGUUGCAGGGGUCAGUCUCUUAGUUUCUGGGACUAUUGUUAUUGUUGGAUGUUUAAUAUGUCAAAAAAAAAUCAAGAAACAUGAUUUAGAGGCGAUCAAUUCCAAGAACUUUAAGUCACUGAUUUGGGAAAGAGAAGGGAGGUUUACAUUUAGUGAUAUCGUGAGAGCCACUGAAGAUUUCAGUGAAAGGUACUGCAUUGGAAGAGGAGGAUUUGGAACUGUGUACAAGGCCAAACUGUUUAAUGGUGAGACUGUUGCAGUAAAAAGGCUGAAUAUAACAGACUCCAGCAGUGCUACAGAAAAUAAUCGAUGGAGCUUUGAGAAUGAAAUUCAAGCACUGACAGAAGUUAGGCACCGCAAUAUUAUCAAACUCCAUGGAUUCUGUUCCAUAGACAAUUACCUUUACUUGGCAUAUGAAUUUGUCGAGAGAGGUAGCUUGAGCAAGUUAUUGUAUAGUCCUGAGGCUGCCUCUGCUUUAAGUUGGGAUACAAGAGUGAAAAUUGUUAGAGGAUUGGCUCAUGCACUUUCUUACCUGCAUCAUGACUGCUCUCCACCUAUUGUGCAUAGGGACGUAUCACUGAAUAACAUUUUGCUGGAGACAGAGUUGGAGCCGCGGCUCUCAGAUUUUGGCACUGCAAGAUUGUUGAGUACAGACUCAUCAAACUGGACUAAGCCUGCAGGGUCUUAUGGCUACAUGGCACCAGAACUAUCCUUUUGUAUGCUUGUGACAACAAAAUCAGAUGUUUAUAGCUUCGGAGUGGUGGGAUUGGAGGUAAUGAUGGGAAGACACCCUGCGGAGCUCCUUUCGACGACUUUGGCCACUGAUCAGGACUUGAUCAUGAAGGAUAUAACACUUGACAACCGGCUUCCACCUCCAAAAGACAAAAUAGCAGAGGAAGUGAAAGUGGUUCUUAAUGCAUUGCUAGCUUGCACACUUUAUGCACCAGGGUCACGACCUACUAUGCAUUUUGUGGCGCAACAACUGACAAGGACUCAGACUUGCGGAGCACUAAGUGUUCAGCUGCAUGAUAAGGCUUAGAGGUGUUGAUUAAGCUUUGGGAUAGAAAAAAAAUAAGGCUAUAACAGAGUGUGAUGCACAAUUUCUCUUUUCGUUUGUACUCACUAUAUAUAGGUUUUUGAUCCAGUAACAUGUAUCCAGGGCCGGCUCAACUGAAUAUGAGACCCUAACCAAGAAUUUAAUGGAGGCCAUUUUCUC